GGCUAUUAUGAAAGAGUUGUUACCUUCUUAUCACAGUAUCACUCAAAAUGGACACAGAACAGAAAUUUGUUGCGGAGUCUUAACUAUUGCCUAAUGUUUAAAGUAUAUUUGAUUAAACCCUGAAUGAAAUAAUGGUUUUCAACAGCUUUUUUGGAUUAAAAGAGUCCGAAGAACCUGCAGGUCGAGUGAAUGUUAUGGAAACGACCAGACUUGCAGGUGAUGAUGGCAAGCAGUCUGGUCAAGAAUUCCAGCAAGGGAAAAAUGUCUAUGGUGGUAGAAGCCAGAGUGAGGCUGAAGUCAGAAUUUUAAAGACUGUAUCAAAGGGCUCGCUGCAUGCGUCGGAUGAUGAAAAUUGGUCAAGAAUUGCAGGUUUCAGUAUUGGUAUUGGAAGCCUUUAUUUGCAAGAAGUUGUAACCUAUCCAUUGGUUGUUAUAAGGCGACAAUGUCAGGUCAAUCAUACUGCGCUGAACUACCACCUGACCCCUUUUACAUUAUUUAGACUGAUGCUCAAAAUACAGAAGAAUCAGGGAAUUGGUGCUCUUUGGAAAGGAUGGGGGACAACAUGUGUUGUUCAGGGAUUGGUUAUUCUGACUGAAGUUGGCAUUUCUGAAGUGGUCAGAUUGCCAAGAGAUUUAUCCAAGGAGGAACACAUCAGCUUGAAAAGCAUUUUGGGGCAUCAGAUCUUGAAAUGCCUUGGUAUAAUCAUUACGCUUCCCUUUUACUCUGCCAGUCUGGUGGACUCUGUUCAGAGCUAUCAACUGAGUUCUGCGAGGUCAAUGUUUGAUUUUCUGAAAGAUGUGUUUUAUCGCCUUGCUGGCUGGUACCAAGCCCGCGGACACGGUCGGCUAUUACCAAUGUAUUUCCUUCUCGUUCCCACAUUGCUUCACGGUAUGGUUCAUUACGUCAUUAAAACCUCAAUCGAAAAAGCCAUAAUUUUAAACUUAUCUGCAAGUAAAAAUACCAAAGUGAAAGAAGAAAUCGCUGUUCAGUCUGGAAAGACAUAUUAUUUGCAAUUAUUAGCUGGGUUCAUUUCAUCCGUAGUCACAGAUCUAUUGCUUUAUCCGUUGGAAACAGUUGUUAUCCGAUUGCACGUGCAGGGUACAAGGACGAUUAUAGAUGACACUGACACUGGUGACGGUGUCGUCCCUUUGUGUACGAAUUACGAUGGCUUAAAUGACUGCGUAAAAACCAUCUGCCGCGAAGAAGGAGCAUCUGCGCUCUUCAAGGGUCUGGGCGCCCUGUUCCUCCAGCUCUUUCUUCAAGCUUGUGUACUUAAAAUCACGAAGUCAAUUUUCAAAAGACUUCCACAAAAUGAAGAGAAGUCGUUGAAGGAAAACUAAGAUCUAUGCGAGCAUAAUUUGUACAUAAUCUAAAUAGUGUAAUGAUGUAGCUUCAUCGAGUUCAUAGUCAAGAGUGCAACAGGUCUCUUGUGGAUUAGCCAAAAGUAGACUUAGCAACCAUGGUGAUAGGAUAUCAAAACAGAUUGUAAGGUAACUACAGAUUGGAAGAAAAAUCUUUAAAUUGCCAUUUAUGUUACCCCCGUUUUAAAGUGGAGUUGAUUUUUCCGCUCUUUGUAAAUUCAAAAAGAAUAGACUGAUAAAAAUAAGCACAAUAUUUCUUGUUGAUAACAGCGAUGAUGUCUUGGUCAUAUGUUGAUAGAUCUUUACUUUUCGCUACGUGGAUAAUUAAUUGUGCCGUAUUUAGCCGCAUUUGUUGGCCAUGCAGACAUUGAUACUUAUUCAUCCCCGCCAGGCUGUGUGUAUCUAGCAAGUGUGUAUUAAGAAAGGCUAUAACUUACCUGAGGUAUCCCCCGCUUGCAACUUUGUUACUGGAGAAGCCUAGCUGAUUUGUGUCGAUUUACAUGUAAAGUUUGUA